AUGGGAGAAACAACUGAAAAGAGAUAUCAGAGAAUCGAAAGAGAGCUUAGGGAUUUGUGCUCAUUUCUCUUUAAACAAAUAAGCAAUUUGGAUGGCUUACUCUUCUUAUUUUUAUAAAAAGUAAGCAUUAAUAUAAAAUUAUAAUUGAUGAAAAUAAUAAUCACAAAAAUUUAGGAAUUUUCAUUAAAUCCUUCAAUCUAAUAGUCUUCUUACUAUAAAUAAAAAGUAACUUACAAUUUUAAAAUAAAAAAUUUUGUAUUAAUUUAAUUAGGGGGAAUUAGAGAUAAACACAUAUGAAAUCACCAAUAUAAAUUCUUUAAACCCUAUCCAGCUAAUCGAAAAAGUUAGAGACAAAAUUCACAGCCUACUUCAGUUCAAAUCCCAAGCCCAGCAGCAAGACAAAGACCAGGUCUUUUCUCAAAUCCAAGACUACCAAGAAAUCGUCCAAAACCUCGAAAAAGACCUCCGAAAUAAAGCAAAAGAAGAGCAACAGCUAAGACUAAAGCUCGAAAGUGCAGAAACAAAGCUCGAGCAAGCAGAGCAAUCAAAAGAAGAGCUCGCAAAAUCUAGCAAAGAGCUAAUCGACGAAAUAAAAAAAGACAAUCAAAGCUUAAUUGAUCUCCUCAAAAUGAAAGAAAUGUAUAUCGACGACCUCAAAGGGCAAAUUGAAAGCCAUCGACAAGUGAUUCUCGGCCAAGAAGACAAAAUUGCUUCAGUUCCUAAGCUAGAACAAAACAUAAAAGAGCUAGAAAAGAAAUAUCAAAUUGAUAUGACAAAAAUGACAGUCAAACAUUCCAAUGAAAUGUCACAAAGUUCUAAAGAACUUAAGCAGUACCACAAAAUAAUAGCUCUAAAUGCACAAUAUGAAGAAAAAAUCAAGCAGCUAUCCAUGGAGCUUGAAAGCUAUAGACGCCAGUUCCACAAAACAGUUGAUAAUGGAGGUAGAAUGGAGCAGUUACAAGAGCUUAUUUCUAACCGCUCCAAGUCUGUACAAAAGCUUGAAAUAGAAUGCAAUAGGAUGAAAGUAAAACUAGACAAUAAACAAUUAGAAGUCCAAAAGCUUACAAAACAGGUCGCAAUGCAGCAGAAAGAAAUAGAAGACUUAAAAAAGUUAAAAAAACCUCACUCCUCUUUACGAGAGUAAACAAAAAACUUUUGUUUGCUAAUGGAGUAAAAUUAUAUAUAAAUUUAUAGUAAUUUUUUUUUCGAAAUUUAAAAUCGAAAAAAUAGAGAAGUAAAUUAAUUUAAUUUAUAAAAUUUAUAAUUUAAAAUGCAAGCUGUUUAAAAUUAAGCAGAAUUAACAAGGCAUUUCAUUAUAAUAAUUAUCAAUUUUAUAUCGAAAUAUUUUUUAUAUUAAAAAAAGUUUGCUCGCUCGCUUUUACUCAAAAAAUAGGGAUUUUUCUAUGGUUUUGCUCACUCAUAGAGGAGAGGAGUCAGGAAUUCGCCAAGGAGGAGCCUUAUGACACAAAUCUUGCCCUUGUAAAGCACUAUAAGAAGAAGCUUGAAGAAAAAGAAGCUGAGCUGAAAGAAGCCAAUAAAAGGAUAAGGAAAAUGUAUAAGAUGGAAAUCAAAGGGAAAAUCAAAGAAGAUGGAUUUGAUAAUGAAAGGAAAAUGUAUAUGAAUAAAAUCGGAGAACUCUGUCACGUAAAUAUGAGCUUAGAAAGCAUGGUCAAGAAAAAAGUCCAGAGCGGGACUUGGAACGAGGACGAAAACAGUGAGUUUGCGAACAGAAAAGAAGGUGUUUAUCAAGCUAAUUACGAAAAUAUGAAAGAGCUCGCGAAAAGUGCGUCUGAGGCUUAUUCAGUUGUGCUGCAAAAAAAUAAAAAUUUUCAGAAAUUCCACAUUGCAGGGAGGCUUGGGUCAAGCCAAAACGCCUCUAUGUCAACAACGCUGGCUAAUAAGUCGACCAGGCCUAACACUGCAGGAGCUCUUUCUUCCACGAGAUCAUUAACCAAACUCAUGAGUGCCAGAAAAAGCCCAGAUUAG